AUACUAUGGUCAAUGGUGAUAUAUUGUAUACUACAUCGAAUUCUAAGCAGGGUUACUAUGGUGUUUUUAGCAAUAAUACUGUAUGGUUUAUGCAAGUUGAUCGUGAUGAUGAUGAAAAGUUAAUUACAAUCGAUGUUAAUAAGGUUUAUAAAGACUUCAUCGAUGAGGAUACUUUCUUAUUACGUCAAUCAUACUCUGCUUCUUCGUAUUGUAAUGUGUAUAAUGACACAACUUUAUCAUGUAAAACUUUAUCAAGCACAUUUAAUCGAAUUAAUAGCAACUAUAUCAUUAUUGCUAAUGACGAUUUUGUGAGAACGUCAAAAUAUAAUGACCCUAUAAGUGGAAUUAAAGAAGAAUCGACGGAGGCGUUAUUACGUUUAAACGAUGAUGGUGCUUCCUAUUUUUCAAACUCUAAUCAGUCACAAUUGCUUGAUGGUUUGCUACAGCAAAUAAAAAGUAGCAUUCCUUUAUUGAAUAAUCGAUUGAAAAUAACUCAUAAUGUUCAGUCAGAUCCCUCGGAUUCCUCCAAACUUUUAAUCGAAUUUUCUAUUGAUAAGGCAAUUAAUCCUUUAAAUGAUCCUAGUGUAAAUGAUAUUAUUAACGAUUUGGAUUUCAUAAUAAAGAACAAAUAUAUUGGUGCUUUUUCUGAUAAAAAAUUUAUGAUGUUUCUUGAUGAACAGUAUGGGUUCCAAGUCAAACCACCAAGAUCAGUUAAUUUUAUUUUAUCGGUUUUCUUGAUUGCCAAAGAAAUUUUGAUUAAUGAAAAUUUCCAAAAUUGGUUUUCUAGUAAUUUCAAGGCUGCAUCGAUUUUUACAAUAAUUGCUAGUGUUGAUAUUGAAUUAUUAAAUAUCUUAGACUCAAAUUUUGCUGGAUUCGAUUGUUUUUUUGCAAACAUGUCUGAUAAAACCAAAAAAUGGAUUGUUUAUGGAGUUAUAGUUAAUAUACUUAUUGAAGAUAUUCCGCAUCUUGCUAUUCAA